AAAACCAAUGUACAUUUCAAAGUAUCUAACUAGUAAAAAAAUCACUGUUUUUUGUGUUUUCCUAUUCAAGUAAGUAGUCUUGCUGUCAGUAGCCACCCGAUCCCUGCCAAUCUCCGCUCAUUGGUGACAGUGCAGAACAGAAGUACCUGGUACCCAAUAUGGCCAACUUUUCAGAUACUGUUGAGCAGUUGUGUGAGGGUGUUAACGCUCUAAUGGUCACUCCACCACCCACCCCUGUGCCUACAACACCCCCCUGCUAGACGUCGGAAGCAAAGUGUUACCCAACUUUCUCAAAGCCCUUCUUCUCGCCCAAGAUUAAGACAGGGUAUAAGAGACCAAAUAAUUGGUAAGAAGUUGUUUGGAAAGCAUACGAAGAAUCAACCACCUGUUUGGUCGAAAGAAGAAGAAUCAAGGCUGAUAGAAUUUAUGCUAAUCUUUACGGAAGGCAAAUCGUGGGUGAUGCACAAGUACACCCCAUUUUGGAAUGAGGCUGGGAAGCAUAUUCAGCGAUGUCUGAAAACGUUUCACCGUCGAUCAGGGAAUGCCUGCCGUAAAAGGGUUAUCAACUUGUCAUCGAAAUUUGAAUCUCCCCUGCAAGCCGACCAGAGCUGUAACAGUGAAGAAGCGAUUGUCACUUUUGAAGAUAAGUCUUCUUCCUCAGCAAGUCAUUCUAUGCCCGUUUCUCCUAAGUCCAGUGAUCCUUUGGUUGUUAUCGGAAAAUGCAAAGAAAACUUGAGGUCACUUAAACAAACAGAACAACUAGAAGCUCUGUCACAAUUGUUUAGUGAUUUUGGCCAGGUAGUCAUUCCACCUGACUUCCUAGAGCUAACCCGUAAUGCAGUGUGUAACCUUAAGGAAGAAGGUAGAGCUAACCUUGUUUAUAAGCUUGCCAGAUGCCUUGGCACAAAGCGUGAAGAUGGUAGUGACACAUUGCUCCCGGUUAAAAGAAUGCCCAGUUAAAAGAAUGCCAACCGGUUUGAUUGAGUAUAUUGUCAGCUUUUUUAAUGCGGAAAAUCUUCAAAAGGUACAAUGUCCUGCUGACUACAGACUUUGGCAACAAACAAUGUACACGUUGUUCGGAAUGAAGUGGGUAAAGAUACAUGCUGGACCCAUGUGGAGUGAGGACACAGUUUCCCAAGGAAGUACCCUGGGUCAUAGCAAAGCUCAGAACCCUACGAAGGCGAGAGUCAACAUACCUGGUCUGUCUGAUAGAACCCUAAGGAGAGAUAUAGUAUCAAGUGGCUAUACUAUGGGAUCUGAAAUUCAGGCCAAUGCACUUGACCAAGCUGCUGCAAUGUUCCCAACUGACACCCAAUGGUGGAUCAAAGGGGAUGCAGUCGAUAUAGUCCCGGGACUAGGUGACUCCGUUAGAGGUGAAUGGUCUGGUGAUGUAGACCUAAAUGACGGCAAGCUGCAACUGAUGUUUUCUGAGUACCAAGAACGCUUGGACAAGAUCAAACACUUUGGCAUGGGUACCAAAACGGAAAUUGAAGCUGGAAUCGUUCAUGAGAAUCAUAAAAUGGAAGACACUCUUGCCUUUCUUACUGCAAAACUAGUGGAAGCCAAUGCUGACUAUGAAAACAAGCUGAAAAAUGCUAAAAAAUCGGAUAAGACUAUGUUUGAAGCUGCCUGGAAAGUAGAAGAAUUGGAUCGUGUGUGUAUAGAGUGUCGUUCUAUACGCACAGAGCUAACUGUUGUGCUUGAUGGAUUGCGUGAGUCAGAAUCUACCGUCCAGCAACUGAAUAUCCCCCGUCGCCUUACUGCCAUUAGACAAAGGUUGUCUGCUAUCGUAAAGGCGUUGUAUCGAUGGAAACGAACAGCUGCAUCUCAUGUGUUUGUGUUCAUGAUAUCAUCUGAGCUGCGAAACAAAAAGCCGUAUGCAUUGCCUGUUCAAUGUGUUCCAUGUGUCGGUCUGAAAGAAAACGAUAUCAGACAGCUUACAAACAAGCUUAUAGCCGAGAUGGUGAAGCGCAAGAUGGAAGUUGUAGGGUCAGUGUCAAAUGGGGAGUUUAACUACAUGAGAUACAAGGGCUACACACGUCCCUUGAGUGUUUUCAAGAUCAGGGCAGAUGUACGCUCUAGAUACUCUCGGAUGUCUGAACAUGCUAUGAUGGAUAUGUUAACUCCAAUUCGGUUCCCUGAUGGUACUGUUCAUGCAAAACGUGACAACCCUGCUGUUUCAGUAAUGCUUCUAAAUGAAAUUUGGAACUGGAAACAAUUGGGUGCUUCUACAGAGGAUGUGAUUUCUCGGCUGCGCCCAAGAACUAUCCCUAGUGGCUACACGUUUAACACAUGGAUAUCUGGGAAAUCAGAGAGUAUGCCAGAUAUGUUAAGAUCGAUCCUGUCUCAACUUCAGUACACCUAUCUCGUACACAAAUGGGAUAGAGAAGGCAUUCCGUUCAAACAACAUGUCUAUGUGCCUGAAGUACACCCUCUAACUGGUAAAACCUAUCAUGAGAGGGAAGACGAACCUCAUGUCUUAAAGAGAAUGGCAACAAGUACCAGAGAGGGAGGCCCUGAUAAUGUACAUGUAGAGAGGUAUGUCGAAGAAAGAAUGUUCAGUGUGGACAUGGUUGAAUUCAUGAAGGACAAAGGGUAUGAUAUCGAGGCAACCUAUAUCUCUGCCGUUGGUAAUUGGCGUCGAUCAUGUGACGAGCGUGGUUUAUCCCAACUACAAAGGUGUCGGUACAAUCAUCAACUCUUGAUGUUUGUCAUGGAUGACCUGAUGCCGUGGCACAAGACUGACUAUGAUCUUAGUCUAAUGGAGGUCAAUAGAAGCGUUUCCAAUGUCUGUGGCUUCACACGGCAAACGUUGAUAGCUGUGACGACUAACAUUGAAAGUAGAGAGAAGAGGAGGAUGGAUAAUUUACAGAUGGGUAUACCCCCAGAGCACCCCAGAGCAAGCACGUCUGAUGAUGUAGAAUGUUUUUUUAGCGUCAUGCGAGACAACCUGGGGAAAAACUUUACGCUCAAAGAAGUCAAGUACAAUUUUAGGAAAGUCUGUAUGGAAUUUGAGAAAAGAAUCAAUCCAGACCUCCCUUACUUUUAUCAUACCUCAUAUCAUACCAGGUUUGCUGAGGGUGAGCUUCCCUCAUUUGACAAACCAUCGACAAGGGAAAAACGAGUGCAACGAGUCCCUCAAAGAGAGCAAACUGCUUCUUUUGUACCUGGGCGAGCAACUCUCCCAGUAAGAGGCUCUCUUUCUAUUCGACCUCAGUUCCAUAACAAGCCGCUUGACCUUCCUCCUCCUCCAAGUGCCCCAGUCCACAUUUGCGAACACUCUUAUUCUCAACUCUAGCUGGUGAACUGCAAUUAGUGUGCAAACAGUUAUGUAAUUAACUCGUUGUGUCAUUGUCUUAUAAUUAUUGUGUAAACUUUUGAUGUUCCCUUUGAGUCUGAAAUUAGACUGAAUUUGUCAAAUGAAUUUAAUUGAUGGUUGAUGAUUGAUGAUUAA